AUGGAGAGCCCAUGGGAACGACUGCGGGAUGGAACUGAUGCAGAUCGCCAGGAUCGCAGUCUCGUCCUGGCAGCUGUGGCGGAGGAAGGCAUUGCCUUGCAGUUUGCUGCCCCUGAGCUUCAAGGGGAUCAUGAGGUUGUUUUAGCAGCAAUCCAGCAGGACCCCGAUGCCUUGCAAUACGCCUCGGACUCCUUGCGACGCUGUCGGGAGGUCGUAGCUGCAGCAGUGGAGGGCGCAGGCAGUUCCCUGCAAUUUGCUGAUCCGAGCCUAUGGGAGGACCGAUCCUUCCUCCUGCCCGCUGUGAAGAGGGAUGGCCGGCUCCUACGGCUGGCACCGGCAGGGAUACAGGACAGAGAGUUGGUCUUAGAAGCAGUUCGUCAGGACGCAGAUGCCUUGGAAUUUGCCUCCGAGUCAAUGAGGGCUGACAAAGAGGUCGUCCUGUGCUCCGUCAGCAGCAGUGGCGAGAACCUGCGCUUGGCCUGCAAGGAGCUUCAAGAAGAUAGAGAUGUGGUGAUGGCAGCCAUCAAGACGGGUCAGGCUGAUAUCCAUCAUGUGGGACCCCAUGUGAAGCUCAGAACACUUGAAGCGGCGCAAGAGUUGGUCCCAUGGACUCAGGUGGAUCUUGUGGAACCGGCUGGUGACUUCAGGUCCUUCAACCUGGACAUUUUUGGCCCUCCUGCUCCUUCGGGCGGUGUCGGAGCCGGACGCGAGAGCCAGGAUGUUUGCAGAGUUGAAGGCUGCACUCCCUGCCUCUACUUCAUGAUCCAACGUGGAUGUGCUGGUUCGACAUGCGGCUGGUGUCACUUGCGCCACGACCCGCGGAAUGAGCCAAAGAGGAGCCGACCACGCAAAGCGACCAGAGAAACCUACAAAGAGUUGAUUGAGAAUGCUUUGGAAUUGGAGGAGCCGGAGCGCCAGAAGGAGUUGCAGGGAUUGGCGGCCGUCCACAGUUACUACCGCAAGGUGAUCAUUCAAAAGUUGAAGGAGAUGACUGAGGGCUGA